ACUGCUGCUGCCUCACACUCGAGCUACGCACACCGCCUGACCUGCGACGCGCCACUCGUCGCCGCCACGUCCGCGCAACCUCUCGUCCCCGCUCCGUCAUCUCGAGGCCGCCAGCCUCCUCUCGCACCACGGUCAAGCACGCCCGACCAUGCCCGCCAGCACCAUCGACGUGUCCGACUUUGAUCCCUUCUCGCCCACGGCCUCGUCCUCGUCGUCGUCGUCCAGGUCGUCGUCCCCCCACCCGCUCGGCGCCUUGUUCCCCGGACCUCGCACAGCCGCACCCGCCCCGUCAAGUCGCGCAUCGUCCAGCUCGGCCACGCCAGCUCUCGCCGCACCGACACCUCAACCGGUCCACGCCGAGGGCGUCGAGCCAGGGACCGACCCGCUCGGCGGCCUCCUCGGCUCUCUCGCCCUCGACCCGUCGCCGUCCACCCGUCACUCGCCCUCGCCUGCACCGACAGCCACCUCGAGCACGGCGGCGAGCCACGCCACUUUCGCGCAGGAGCAGCGCAACACGCGCAUCCUGCGCGACCUCGACCGCGGCCCGUUCGCGCCCCCGACCCCUCCCACCCCUCUCGCGCCUCCUCCUCCCUCGGCACCGCACUCGACCCCGCUCUCGCCGUCCUACGCCGACGAGCCAACCUCCCUCCCGGCGUCGCCCGCCGUCCCGAUCCCGUCCCCUUCCUCCCCGACCCGCACCACGCACCGCACGCCGCACUCGCCCUCGUCGACCCUGCACCGCCGUCCCUCGGCCUCGUUCUCGCCCCCUCGCCGCCUGUCGACCCUCAUGGACACGGCGUCGUUCCCGCACGGGCCCUCGUCCCCGCCCGCCGAGUCAUCCAUCCUCUCGGACCCGUUCCACGCGGCGAGCAGCGCCGCCGGCGCAGCGUGGCGCCGCAUCCGCGACGCGAGCGCCGGCGCGGGCGACUUGAUCGAGCAGGCCAUGGAGGGCGAGUGGAGCGUCGGCCAGGGCGACACGAGCGGCGAGUGGGGCGAGUUCCAGGGCGGCACCCCCGAGCUGCCGCUCAACAACGGCGCCGGCUCGAGCUCGGCGCGCGCGAGCGCGGCGCCGUCCCCGUGGGCGCAGCCGAUUGCUGUCCCCCCCUCGCCGCACGCGCAUGCCCCGGCGCACGGCGGCAUGGGCACGCUCGGGCGCGCCGCGUCGCUCCCCGUGUCGGCCGCCGCCGCAGCGGGCUCGUCCCUCUCGAGCGGCUUCUCGUCCCUGUUUGGCUCGGCGCACCCGGCCGAGGGAGGACCGUCGGCGGCGUCGACGUCGGCGAGGAAGCCGUCGCCGCCAUCGCCGGCUCGAGCGGCCACGACGAGCGGAGGAGCGGGAGGAGCGAGGACGGGAGGGUUCGACCCGACGGCGCAGCCGGUCAAGCUCGUCGGGUUGCGCCCCGGGGUGCAGCGUGUGCUCGAGGACGACGUCGCAGAAGGGAUCCGUCCAUCUCUGCCGCCACGCCUGCGCCUCUCGUCGCGCUGGACGCUCCUCUACUCGCUCGACCAGCACGGCAUCUCGCUCACGACGCUCUUCUCGUCGCUCCAGCGCGGCCUCGCGUCGCGCGACGGCGGGUUCGUCCUCGUCGUCAAGACGAGCAGGGGCGACGUGUGCGGCGCGUACGUCAGCGAGGCGUUGAGGGACGGCGCGAGGGAGCAGAGGGGGAGCACGAGGUGGCAGGGCGACGGCAGCUGCUUCCUGUGGCGCGCGACGCCCUUCCCGCCGCACGACUUUCGCCUCGGCUCGUCGGUCCAGUCGUUCAAGCCGACGUUCCGCAACACGUACUACGCCUACGCGACGUCGACGCCGUCUCCCGUGCUCGCGUCGCCGCUCGGCGGGACCGGCGGCGAGGCGUUCCUCGCGUUUGGCGGCGGCGAGGACGGCCAGUUUGGGCUGUGGGUCGACGGCGUGUUUGAGCGUGGGUGGACGGGCAGGAGCGAGACGUUUGGGAACGAGCCGCUCGUUGGGGGAGGACGAGGGGUAAGGGGGGAGAAGCGCGAGGGGGAGAAGGGAGGAGGCGGCGAGGAGGACGACGACGAGGACGAGGGCGAGGGAAGGAAGUUUGAGAUUGUCGGGCUCGAGUGCUGGGCUGUCGGGUCGUAGCGCAUCUCGGUCGCUGUGCAUAGACGUCAUGGCGCC